GGGGGGAGCUGGGGGUGUUGUGUGCCGGUGCGCUGCCGCCUCUGCUCGUUUCGGUGCGUGAUCUGGCUGAGCGGGCGGUGGUCUGCACUGCAGUGCGGAUUCGAACCUCGUUUACUCUGUUGAACAUCCACUUUCUGCCUUUCUCAUUUACACCACUGUGGUGAGAUCAGAAGAGCAAGUUAUUGAACAUGAGUAAUGUCCCUUAAUACCAUUUUCCUGGGGAUAAAGUAUUUCCUCAAGGCAGAUGCAAGCGCAACAACUGCCGUCUGCGACUGCCUAGCUACAACGGCAUGGAGCAAGCGCCUUUAAAAUGAUGUUUGCAGUGCUAUUAGCAGAGCCAUCAUGCUGCUCAUUAAUACGAGCUUGCAAAUAAUCUGUCUUUGAUGGGCAGAGUUAAAUUCCAGAUCUGUGAUAAAUACGAACUUAACGAAUAUGGUAUGUUUAUCCUGAGCCUAAUCUGACAUAACUUGGAUUUAAUUUUUUUUUUGAACUUGUUCACUGUGGAACUUCCUAUCCGUGUUGAGUUUACAGCUGUAAGGAAUGAAACCUCGUUUCACAGAAAGCGCUUGCUGCUCCACGGCCAGGCACGACGUGGGGAGCUGCCGGACAGGCGUGAGCCGAUCCCAGGUGCAGCAUUUCUGAACCUCAGAAACGCUCAGCUGCAGACCAUUUCUUACAUGCCUCAAGCCUGGGGAUGCCGUAACCGAAGCACGUGUUCAGGGUCUAACCGAACGGUGCCCUGCACAACGCCGGGCUGGGCUGCAGGUGCAGGGAGGACGAGGCCGUGCAUGGAAGAGGCAGGCGAUGCCUUGUUGGAGCGAUGCGUCCCCGUGGCACGGGCGGUCGCGGGGCCCCUGGGAUGGGCUCCUGGCUCCCGAACCGCCAGAGCGCGGCGUGAGGCAGGUAACGGGGCAGCGGCCCUGGGGUCGGCCCUAGCUGGAGAGGGUCUCCCGCCCGACGAUGACGCAGCCAGGGCCUGGGCUGGGUCAGGGCCGGGGCCGGGCCUCGCGCCCGCGGGCUGUUUUGGAAGCUGGUGCUACCCGGUGAAGAGAGAUCCCCCAAAGCCCUCCCCGCAGGAGAGGCGGCGCUCCAAGGAAACCCCGGUAUUUGGUUGCUGCGCCUGGUGCACGGCCUCGCGCGCUCGGGUGCUGGGGAGGUGCUCGCUGGACAAACGUGGACCCAUCUGUCGCAGGCACGUGUGACGGGUGCCACCGCUUGCGCUGGCUGCAGAUACCCCCGGCAGCUGCAGCUUCUCGCUGCUUUGUUUGGUGAAGCCGUUCCUUAUCUCCCUGCGUCAAAGGCACGCUUGGAGCCGGCGGACCCGGCGGCCGCCAACCCGCGCUCCUCCCCCCACGCGAGCGCAUUCAGCUUUAGCCCCUGCUGAACGCGGCGGCGGACUUUGUCUCUUCUGCAUCUCUCAGUGCAUCUGUGCAGGUGUAGGGGAAAAUCAGAUGGGAAGCAGGGAGACUGGAAGUGCUGGAAAAACCACUGGAGACUCAGCAGCUGGGAAGGUCCCGGAGGUCUCCUGGGAUGGAUGAAGUGCCUCUUAAAGGAUGGACUUAAGCAUUGCUGGUCUCCGUGUGCAGCCGAAGGGUCCGAGGGCGUUUCCAUCCCAUUCCUGCAUCUCGGCUACGCAUCUCCUCAUGGCAGGGUUUCUCUGCAGUGCGCAGUCUGCUUUCCUGGGCAUCUCUUGGAGCUGAUGCGUUUUUCAGCCCUCUUCACUGAGGAAAAUGGUCAACCUCCUGUAUGCAGUGCUGCACUCCCUCCUGAGCUGUCUCAUCCCCCCGGCCAACCUGCUGGUUAUUGUGGCCGUGUAUAGGCUGAUGAGGAAGCAGCCCGGCACGGGCUACAUCUACAUCCUCAACCUGGCCACCGCUGACCUGCUGGUGGGAGUCACGUGCGUCGCCGAGGCACUGGAUGACAUCCUCGAUGGGGACUUCGACCGCAGCAAGUCCUUCUGCCUCCUGCGCGUCGCCAUGAGCAUGACGCCCUGCAUCGGCUCCAUCCUCACCUUGCUCUUGAUCUCCCUGGACAGGUACCUGGCAGUGAGGCUGCCGCUCUCCUAUCCCACCCUCCUAAAGAAGACGCCCGUGGUCCUCUCCCUCGUUCUCCUCUGGGUGGUCUCUUUCCUUUUUGGGCACUUGCCUUUGAUUUUGCCCCCGCUCCAGCAAAGCAACUACACAGGUUACUGCGGGCUGCUGUACGCAGCCAGGAGCGAGUACCUGUACGCGCUGUGCUUCGGCGUCUUUUCUCCGGUGCUGCUGGCGCUGGUGUACCUGCACGUCUCGGUGGGCAGCAUCGCCUACGUGCAGCACACGCGGCUCCGGCGCGCCCGCGCCCAGGCCGGGCCCCUCCACGUGCACCUCCGACACUUCAAGGCGCUGCGGACUGUGCUCAUCGUCCUCAUCUGCUUCAGCCUUUCCUGGGGCCCCUACCUGGUGGGGGGAGCCGUGCAGGCCACCUGCAGCUCCUGCAACCUGGCCGGCCCCCUCACGGACAGCUUAUUCCUCCUGGGCGAGACGAACUCCCUCAUCAAUCCCCUUAUCUAUGCCCUGUACAGCAAAGACAUCAGGAGCCACCUCGCCAAGCUGCUCAAGUGCAAGAAGACAGGCUUGGUGAAGCCUUUGGCACUGAUGCAGGCGAAUGUCCGCACCAUCAGGAGCUGCGUUGGGGACAGGCCUGAAGCACCCCAUUUGUGAAGGGUCCAUCUCACACCGUCUCCGCUCACGCGGUUCCCAAGGCUGCCAAGCCGUUGGCCCUGCUGCGGGGGGCUUUUGUCCUUCUCGCUGCACGGGAGAACUGCUGUGUUUCUUACUUGUAGCAGGUCGAGCUGCCAUCCAGCUCUGCACUGGGGAGGUCCGGUCACCCUUGCGGUGCUAGUCCCCAGCAGAAGUGCUAGCUGUGCACAGAGCGAGCCUGUGCAGGUGAGUGACAUCGACCUCGUGGCUAGCACUUUCCCUGUUUGCCCGUCACAGGCCAUGACUUACCUGUGCUUUGUUUGCUUCUACCUUUGUGUCAACUGCAUGGGGCUGAAGCGACUGUUCAGCCUGGGCUGUUUCUGCUGGGGGGCGGAAGGGAGGCCACUUGGGAGCAAUGCACCCCCCCGAACGUGGAUAUGUUCUGCCCUGUGUGAAGCCCCAGCUGGUGCCACUAUGGCCUGUACGCGCUUCACGUAAAGGUGCGGGCUGACGUGAAACCUGGAUGUGCUGCGCUCUGCCUCACAGCCUCACCUAGGCUGAACAAGUCCCCACCGGGGCGGGACGGCCCCAAGGCCAGAGCUGUGCGGAGGAGCCACGG